AUGAUCUCUGAUACGAAAUCACAAUUACCAAGGACUGUUAAAGUAUCAGAAUUAGAUUAUACUAUCACAAAGAUUGUCCCAUUGUCUGAAGGACAACACACUUGUGGCGCUUCGUUUGAAAACAUGAUCAAAGUUAUUUCUUCGAUUCUGGUCCCACUUAUGAUCGGUAUACUUACAGUCGUUGUAGCCGUUGUCCAGAUCUAUAUUGCUUCUCAGCAACGCCAACAGGACUUAGAGAUUGCUACAGAACGACGUGAACAGGAUCUCAAACUAGAAAAUCAAAGACGCGCACAAGAUUUUGAUGUUGCUAAUCGAACGCGUCAACAACAGUUCGAAAUUGAAGAAGCGCGUCGAGAUGAAGAUCGUCGUAUAGCCGAAGAAAACCGUCAGAAAGAUUAUAAUAUUGCUGGACAAACACGUCUGCAACAAGAGAAAAUAGCUGAUGAUCGACGAUAG